GGCCGCUUUCCAUAUUGUUUCCACGACAUGUUCCGUCGUGGUCCAACCAAUCACAUGAGAGACUUAUCUGGAUCUGCACUGGUUGAUGGCGCCCUUUCCUUGUCAAUCGUGUGCUGUGUUGUGCUGCAAGUGGUCGCAAGCAGCCGGAAGCACGAUUUCUCCGAUUUUGCUACCCUGUUCUCGUCACCGCUUGAUAGUACCGAGUUCCAUAGGCCUCGUUUCAGAGCAUCCCAAAGCCUGAGCGGCAAAGCCCCUGAUUGCUGUAACCAUUUUCAUACUCUGACUGGAGUACUCAUCACCCUCAUCCAAUAUGAAGGUUGAGUGUCAGUGCGGAACUGUCGCCUUCGAGACGCCAAUACCGAAGCCUCUCGAUCUCUACUGUUGCCACUGCUCCCAAUGCCGCAAGCAAUCCGCAUCCGCCUUCGGCACGUCCGCUAUAUUCCCCGCCGACGGCCUGUUUCCUCUUGACGAGGACCUCAAGUCGAAACUGCAGUUGUGGACGAGACCGACCAAAGGGGGCGGACAUAUGGACUGUUAUUUCUGCCGCGUGUGCGGGAGUCGUGUCUUCCACCGCGCACACGACAAAAAUGGGACUCCAAAGCAGACCGUCAGCAUCAAGGGAGGGCUCAUCGCCGGUAUUGACAUGGAUCACGGGAAACAUAUUUGGACAAGCAGCGCGGUCGUGCGGAUACCCGAGGGGGCGCAAAGAUGGGACGAAUCGCCGCCUGUAACUCCUACCGAAGACGGCAGCAAAUGACCGGUUAAGUUCCGGGAUCUGUGAUAGACGACAUAAGUCAACCCACCCACUUUUCGGCACCCCCCACAUUUUAGCAUACCAAAAAUGAAGCCAUU